CCUUACUGUCUGUCUCUUUCCUCUCUCUCUCUUUGCUCGCUCUCGCUCCUCUCUCCUCUCCCUCUCUCUCCGUUCCGUAUCAUACCCGUUUUUCCUCUCGGGCUUUAUAGUAUGAUGUUUGGAUGUUGUUUGUAAAAUGGAGUCUUUUGGAUUCUUUUAUUUUCUGAUCCUGGUGGACUUCAGCUCCUCUCUGGACCGCAGCCUCAUCACAGUGUUCUCAUUCCCUCCUGUAUCUGGAGUUGUGUUGCUGACCGGACCAUGGGGAAAGUACCAGUUUGACUUCUCUGAGGCGAAGGAGGCCUGUCUCUUUAAGAACGUCUCCAUGGCGACCAUACCCCAGCUCCAGAGGGCUCUGGACCAUGGACUGGAGACGUGCAAGUUUGGUUGGGUGUCGGAGCAGAUAGUCGCUGUGCCCCGCCUCUCCUCAGUCUCCACCUGUGGCGGUGGGAAAACGGGCGUGGUCACCUGGACCACUCCAGAGAAACUGAAGUUUGGAGUGUGGUGCUUCAACGCAUCAGAUUUUAAAGAAGCUUCAAAAAUCACUCCUACAAUUUCAACAACUUAUGUCAAAACUACACCUCCACCUACCUUUACUACUACUACUAUUUUAACUACUGUUACAACUAGUACUACCACAAGUACCAGCACUGCUAUUAGUACAACUAGUAUUACCACAAGUACCAGCACUGCUAUUAGUACAACUUCAACUCUGCCAAAAACGUCUAAAGCAACAAAUCCAACCACCAAACCCCUGACCACGAGAAGGACAAUAUUACAUGUUUCGUCUACUUUAGCCCCAUGGAUUCACUCCACUGUUAAACCAAAGACGACUACAAAAACGGUUUCUACGACAAAAUCUUCCGUUGGUUUAAUUCAUUCAUCUUCUACUUUUGGAUCGACUUCAACAAGUAGUUUUUAUGGAGAAGCAAUCAGUUCUGCAAGCGUCAACCUACCAAAGCAAAGAGUGUUGUCCAGAGUCCUGAUCAUCUUCUGUGUCAUUGUUCUGAUCCUAAUAAUAGGGGGCGCUCUCUUCUACUACAAAUUCUCGGAGCGGUGCGGCUGGUCUCCCACCUCACAGAAAGACGACACAGAGGCGGAGAUGUGGAAGAUCCAAGAAGAGGAGGACGAAAGGAGAGAGAGAGAAGAGGAAGAGGGGGAGGAGAGGGAGGAGAAGAGGUUCACUAUCUGCAGUGAAACUAUGCUAUAUGCCAACCAUGAAACAAGAAUGAACUGACUAUUUACUUUUCAGUGACUUUGCUGGGGGGGUUCUGCAUGUAUGCCUAUUUUACCAUGGUGACACAAUGCACACAUUACCAAGCCUGAUAAGUUUUCAGGUUAAGGACUCAUGGGAAAGAGCACAUUUUCAGGAGACAGUGAUUAAUACUGUUUUGAUUUUCAACAAACAGGUGAGCGUGACUGAACUGCUUGUAACUUGUUCAACUAUGCAAAUCAGCUGACAUGCUGUAGUUCCAGCUAAGUCAGUUCUUUAUGGUCAAAUUGUGUUAAAACAAAGCUCAGAUAAGAGUCUAAUUUGAAUAACAGAGCUUCAGACAGAGCAGUGCUUCCAGUUAGCUUCUCAACCCCAAGGAAUGAUGACGACCUCAGCUUCAAAGUAUCAAUAUGAACAUAUGAAAGAAAAUUAAAGAUGCUGUACCUGAAUCUUAAAAUGUGAAAAACUGAAUCAGUUCAUUUUAAUCGUCUUACAGUGGUCCAAAGCACUUUCUAAUUAGACACA